UCUAAAAUUUGUUUUAUUUGUCCUUGAAGAUGUGGCUCUAUUUAAAAGUGCAUCACAUCUAAAGAUUAGCCUGUCACAUGUCCAUUUUUAGGUUGUUUCAUUGCAUAAGUCAAUUUCCAUGAGUGGAAAUUUUUGACUUGCUUUGAGAAACUGAUACAGUAGUUUGUAUUUUUUCUAAACAUGGAAAAUGAAGAUGUUGGCAAAUUUCCGAUGAAGCCAGUUCUCAUCCAUGUGGAGUUUUUUUCCUUGUUUCUCAAACUGUAAUAUUUCUGCUGUGGAAAAUAAUUGAGGAACCUUCACACAUGAGCUGGUUAAUGAUUACGAGUUGUCGUGUCAGAUGCUGUUUAAAAAGAGCGUGCCUGACAACCAUCCCGGUUAUUCCUGAUGGCAGUUCUCUGGAUUUUGGUUCCUCUCUCCCUUUUGCUGGAAAUCAUCUCUGCCAGCUCUCUCGGGGUUGUGUCCACCGAGGGAGGGAUGGUGGAGGGACAAAAUCUUCUCCUUGGCUACCGGCGCUACAUGGAUGUUUUCAGAGGCAUUCCCUUCGCUGACAUCCCUGGACGGUUUGAGAAGCCAGCGCGCCACCCUGGCUGGAGCGGUAUUCUGAAGACCACCCAGUACAGAGACAAAUGCCUUCAGCUGAACCCUUUCAUGACCAGCGUCUCUGGCAGUGAGGACUGUCUUUACCUGAACAUCUGGGUUCCUCACAUCGGCUCAGUGGCCUCCAAUCUGCCCGUCAUGGUCUGGAUCUACGGUGGAGCUUUCAUGUUUGGAGACUCGAUGGGAACUAACUUCCUUGAUAACUAUCUGUACAGCGGACAGGAAAUCGCAGACAGAGGAAACGUCAUUGUGGUGACGCUGGGAUACCGUGUGGGAACCCUGGGCUUCCUAAGCGCCGGAGACUCUACUUUGCCUGGAAAUUAUGGUCUGUGGGACCAGCAGGCGGCCAUCGCAUGGGUGCACAGAAACAUCAGAUCAUUUGGGGGAGACCCCAACAACAUCACCAUCUUUGGAGAGUCUGCAGGUGGUGCUGGUGUUAGCUUCCAGACAAUCACUCCCCACAACAAGGGGCUUAUUAGGAGAGCAAUCUCCCAGAGCGGCGUCUCCCUUUGCCCCUGGGCAGUCAACAGAAACCCUCGCAGGUUUGCUGAAGAGGUUGCUUUAAAAGUCAACUGCCCCACCGAUGACAGAAUGGCCUCCUGCCUGAAGAUGACCGAUCCAAAGGUUCUGACCAUGGCGGGUUCGAUCCCUUUGUCCAGCUCUGCCGAGAACCCUUUUGUCCACAACCUGGUUCUGUCUCCUGUGAUCGAUGGCGACUUCCUGCCCGAUGAGCCGUCCAGUCUUUUCCACAACGCUGCCGACAUCGACUACAUGGCCGGAGCCAACGACAUGGAUGGACACUUCUUUGCAAGUUUUGAUGUCCCUUCAAUCAACUCUCAACUGUUGGUCACCCCUGUCGACGAUGUCAAGAGGCUCUUGGCGGCCUUUACCAAGGAGAAGGGGACCCCAGGUAUUGAGAAUGGCUUCUCCACGUACACCUUAGACUGGGGGUCCAAUCCAAGCUCGGAGACCAUCAAGAAAACUGUGGUGGCCAUCGAAACCGACUACAUGUUCCUGAUUCCCACUCAGGCGGCCCUUUAUCUCCACGCCUCCAAUGCUGGCUCUGGUCGCACCUACUCGUACCUUUUCUCUGAGCCCAACCGUUUGGGAAUCAUUAGCAAGCCCUGGCUGGGAGCUGACCACGCGGAUGACCUGCAGUACGUCUUCGGAAAACCCUUUUCCACGCCGCUGGGCUACUGGCCGAAACAUCGAGACCUGUCUGGAUACAUGAUCGCCUACUGGACCAACUUUGCCAAGACGGGAGACCCGAACACAGGAGACCUGAGCGUACCUGCCUCUUGGCCGACAUUUACGUCCACUGGACACAAGUUCGUGGAGAUCAAUUCCAAGAUGGAUGCCAGCUACGUGCGACAGAAGCUGAGGUUGCGCUACGUGAAUUUCUGGACCAGCGUUCUACCCAGCCUGCCCACAGUCCAAAUAAAAUAAACCUGCGCUUGCAAUUAACCUGUCAAUCAGUGGGGAUGGUUUAAGAAAAAUAAAGACACAUAUGAGUGAUGCAAAUACUGUUGUCUUAGUUUUUAAUGGAUUACUUACACUAAGAUACUCGU